AAAAAAAUAAAGGAGAGUUGUUGAUAUUGGCUUUCAAGUCGGAGGGGCUAUAAACUCUCACCAAACAAACACAAGAAAAGAUCCCAAAAUCUGAAAUCGAUCAAGAUUCGCGGGGACGCAAUAAUCUCGUCCGAUUGGAAGAUGAAGCAAAUGUCGCAUCUGGAUGAUGAUGAUGUUCCUUCCACUCCUGGCAAGUUCAAGAUUGAUAAAUCUCCCUACUUUCACCGAAGCACCCGUUCCCUCCCCAAGCUCGCCUUCUGGUCUCUCCUCUUCCUCGGUUUCAUCUUCAUCUUCUUCUACCGCUCUCCCUCCUCCCCCUCUCCCGUCUCCUCCGAUCCAUCUCGCCGCUCCCUCCGCACCUACUCCUGGGGAGGCCCCGCCUGGGAGAAACGUGUCAGAUCCUCCGCCCGUGUCCGUACCCGCCGCGGUGUCUCCGUUCUCGUCACCGGAGCCGCCGGUUUCGUGGGCACCCAUGUCUCCUCUGCCCUCAAAAGACGUGGAGACGGAGUUCUGGGCCUCGACAACUUCAACGAUUACUACGAUCCCUCCCUCAAGAGAGCCAGGCAAGCCCUUCUCGAGCGGAGCGGCAUCUUCGUGGUGGAAGGAGACAUCAACGACGCGGCGCUCCUCAGGAAGCUCUUCGAGGUCGUCCCUUUCACUCACGUUAUGCAUUUGGCCGCUCAAGCCGGCGUCAGGUACGCCAUGGAGAACCCCAGCUCCUACGUUCACAGUAACAUCGCUGGCUUCGUCAACCUCCUUGAGGUCUGUAAAUCUGCGAAUCCCCAACCUGCCAUUGUCUGGGCUUCCUCUAGCUCCGUCUACGGAUUGAACACCAAAGUGCCAUUCUCCGAGAAAGACAGAACCGACCAACCGGCUAGUCUCUAUGCUGCUACUAAGAAAGCCGGUGAAGAGAUUGCUCACACUUACAACCACAUCUAUGGCCUCUCUCUCACCGGUUUGCGGUUUUUCACGGUUUACGGUCCUUGGGGAAGACCAGACAUGGCCUACUUCUUCUUCACCAAAGACAUUCUCAGAGGCAAAGCCAUUUCUGUCUUUGAAGGCGCCAACCACGGGACUGUGGCUAGGGACUUUACCUACAUCGAUGACAUUGUCAAGGGCUGUUUGGGGGCUCUGGACACUGCCGAGAAGAGCACAGGGAGUGGUGGUAAGAAGCGUGGUGCUGCUCAGUUACGGGUUUUCAAUCUGGGCAACACCUCCCCUGUUCCAGUGACUCAUCUUGUCAGUAUACUGGAGAGAUUGUUGAAAGUCAAGGCAAAGAGGAACAUUAUGAAGCUGCCCAGGAACGGUGAUGUGCAGUUUACUCAUGCUAACAUCAGUUCAGCGCAGAGAGAGCUCGGUUACAAACCCACCACUGAUCUUCAGACGGGUCUCAAGAAGUUUGCAAGAUGGUAUUUGGGUUACUACAAAGGCGGAAAGAAAGCUGCAAGCUAAUUGAUCCCCUGAGUUUGUUGUUGUAGCCCUUUUUUUGUUUUUAUUGUUAUUGGAGAUUCUUCGUGAUUGUUUCACGUUUUUAACACUUGCUGCUUCUUUGGCCAGCCUCACACUCUGUCUUUUCCGUAUAUGUUUCUACGAAACCAUUUAUACCACACUUCAACAAAAACCACAAAUUCAUUCC